AUGUCGACAACACAUGCAAUGCCGUUGUCUUCAUCUUCUUACUACUCUGUUUUCACCGUCUCCGCCAUCACCAUCCCGCUUCUCCGCGCUCGUUCCUUAAAGGUUUCUUCUUCUUCUUCUUCUUCUUCCAUCUCCGACGACGGCCGAGCUAAUGCUACUCCGACCACCGUCCCCAACCCAUCUCGUCGACUCGCCCUCUUUCAACUCGGCGCCGGUGAGACUACAAACCCUAUUCACCACAUCCUCUAUUUUGCUCCCAGUUCAGAUAAUUCUCUAUUUCUUCGUUGCAACAAUGGGGAAUUUUGUACAUUGAAGUCCAUGUGUUUUGAAAAUCCAGCUAUUCCUCAGUCGCAUUUGUUGGGUUUAAGAGCGGUUGAAAAGGCAAUUGCAGAAGAAAAAACUCCUAUUCUCGAUGACCCUAAUGCGUUGUUGGAGUGGAUUAAGAACGACAAAAGGAGAAUGCUUCAUGUUGUUUACCGCGUUGGGGACUUGGACAAGACCAUAAAAUUUUAUACUGAGUGCUUGGGGAUGAAGCUGUUGAGGCAACGUGAUAUACCAGAAGAUAGAUAUAGAAAUGCCUUCCUUGGAUAUGGCCCUGAAGAAUCGAAUUUCGCUGUUGAACUUACCUACAAUUAUGGCGUUGACAAGUAUGACAUUGGAUCUGGUUUCGGUCAUUUUGGCAUUGCAGUCGACGAUGUUGGGAAGGCUGUGAAUCUCGUUAAGGCAAAAGGGGGAAGAAUUAGUCCUGUCAAAGGAGGAAAUCAAGUAAUUGCAUUUGUUAAAGACCCAGAUGGUUACAACUUUGAGCUAUUGAAGAGGAAGCCUGCACGUGAACCAUUGUGCCAAGUUAUGCUUCGAGUUGGUGAUCUCGAUCAAUCCAUUAACUUCUAUAAGAAGGCUUUUGGAAUGGAGCUUCUAAGUAAACGGGACUACCCCAAUGACAAGUAUACAGUUGCCUAUAUGGGUUAUGGUCCCGAAGACAAUAAUGUGGUGCUGGAACUGACCUAUAACUAUGGUAUCAACACAUAUGACAAAGGAAAUGGUUAUGCACAGAUUGCAAUAGGGACAGAUGAUGUUUAUAAGAGUGCUGAAGCAAUCAAACUCUGUGGUGGAGCCAUUGUUCUGGAGCCUGGGCCCUUGCCUGGUAUUAACACCAAGAUUACUGUUUGCUUGGAUCCUGAGGGUUGGAAAUGGGUGUUUGUUGAUAAUGGGGAUUUUCUCAGAGAACUGGAGUGAGCUGAAGCCGCAGCUGAGUUAAUCCAAUAAGCCAAAACUAUCAAACAAACAUUCCUUGCCAUUUCUGAUUAAUGGUUUUGAACUCCUCUAAAGGAAGAAAUGUUACCAUUAUACCCAAACACCUGUACAUUUCGUGACUAACAAUUGCUGUAAACCCUUUGACCGUUUUUCUGAUACAUGACACUGAAGUUCCAAAUGGGAACUCUAUAAUGUUGUUUUAGAACUCAUGCAACUUUAGCUCGGCAGCUGAGCAUAUGCUGUAUCCCCUCAACCCACAUCUGCUUGUCAUUUUUACUCCAGCAUUCGAACUCUAUUAUUCUCUCUGAUGUUUUAAUCCCAAAAUAAGCUCUUUGCUCGCUGCAGUCGUCUGUCUCCCUCCCUGGCCAUCCUGCCACCUCAGUCUGAACUCCAAACACAACACCUGCAGAUUCAUCGUAAAGUUUGGUCAAUCAACCAUAAGAGAGCAAGCACCCAUGUCCUCUGCUAUCUCAAUGCAGUGAGACGCCACAAGAGCCGCCGCUGAUGCCAUUGCAGCUGGCGUCUUGGAAGCCGCUGUCUCGCCUUUUGCUGCUGCAAGUUCUGCUGACAUGGCAUUCGAGGCAGUUAUAGCAGCGACAGCAGCAGCCACUCCGGCUACAGUGACAGCUGCGUGAACUUGGGCAUUAUGGGUUCUGAUCUCCUGCUUCUUCCUCUCUUUAUGAUCCUUCAGCCUUCUCCCCAUCGUUUUACCCUUCAUGAUGCUCUUGUAUAACUGUUUUUUAUGUUAUCAAGCCAUUAGAUAACAUGAGAGACAAAAUAUAGAUUACUUGGAUGCUAAAGGUUGCAAGUUAAACAAGGUACCCCAUGUUUGAGCAAUUGCUGACUGUAGAUGAAUUCUGGGUUCAGUGCUUGAUGAAGUAGAAGUAACUCCUGCACAGACUGUAUUUCUCUUACAAGUGAUUAUGAUAGCAUUAGACGUGGGAAAUGCUAACCAAUCAACUCAAUGCACUUAAACUCCAUCCUACCCAGAUUGGUCCAAUUUCUUGGUCAGGUUGAAUGGUUUCGGUGAAUUUAUUAUUUGGGAUCUAAGAAUUAUUGUCUUGUACCUAAAAUUUCAGGAUUUUACAAAGCAUUUCAAAUUUUCAUGAGAGUGCCUUUGAUCCCAACGAACCACCAACCCUUUACCCAUGAACCCAUUUUAACCCAACCGUGAAACCCAUAAACCCAAUUCAUUUCUCAACUCUAAUAUUAACAAGCAAAGGUGUUUGCUUUGAGGAGAUUACCUUGAGUUCUUCACUGUCUCUUGGAGAUAUAGGGGGACUGCCAGUACCAGCACUAGGCAACUGCUGAAUAUAAAGAAUUUCAGUUCCAACAAUACAAGCGAUGUAAACAUCUCAGUGCUUACAGAAUCACUUCAAACUUUGUUUUGUUCUUACAGAUUCCUUUCCAACAGCAGAAGAAGCUGGAGGAGCUGGAGGCACCGACUUGUGGAGACUACCCGGAAGAGGAGGGGGUGCCUGAUGCGGUGUGCCACCAGUGGAAAGAGCUUUGGAGAGCUCCAUGGCAGAGAGACUCCAUGAUCUAGCUAGGAACUCCAUGGACUCGGUGGGUGUCUCAGGGGGUGCAGCAGAUGACGAUGAUGAUGGCAGGGGUACCCAGGCAGCAGGAGUGUUCUCGUCGAUGUUCUCUAGCUUCUGCAGCAGGCUCUUUGUGCUGCAAGAGCUCACUGAUCAAGCAAAAGGUCACAAACAAAGAAGUUAGAAGAGGGAACCCCUUGAUAUAAUGCCAUUAAGCUCUUACUCUUACUUACUUCUUGUUGUGCUGAGUCCUGGGGACUCUUCUGGUUCUUCUCCUUCUUCUUGGUCAAGUGUCAGGGUUGCUUUGGUGCAACUUCUCAUGGCGAAAUGCAGGAUGUUUGUGUUUAAAUGCAGGAAUAUAUUCUAUGGAGUGGGAGAAGUUGGGGGCAGUGGCAGGAGAUUGCAGGUCAGGUUGGUUUUUUUGGCCUUUAUAUCAUAGCCGAAGGCCCUUAUAUGCUGGUGUGACUGAAGUAGCAGAAGGGUUUUGGUAUGGGUUCGACUCUUUUGUAAGCGGCGGGAAUAAUCAUGGCUGUGGGGGGGCUUCACUUCACUUUUGUUACCACUUACCAUUGUCACUUGGAAAAAAUAAGGAAAUAGGUUUUCGACUCAGCGUCUCCGAUCAGGUUAAAGGAUGACAUUUCUACCUGUAAUCUACCAAGGUCGUGGGAAUAAGUUGAGGGUGGGUUUUGUCCGCCGCUCCUUACUGGUACUCAAAUGCAAUCUGCAGAUACUAUUUAGUUCUACGUUCUUUAUCGAGGUGAAUUUUUCUGUUUCUGUCCAUAUGAAUAGUCAAUAACCUCAUGAGAAAGGGCGAUUAGCAUCUUCUUAGUUUCGUCGAUCAAGUGGUUGUAAGAAAAUUUUAGCAGAAAGAUACCAAGUUGAGACUUAGAACGUCUAUCAGGUGAGUCCAACGCCUCAACUAUCUAUGCUGCUACCUUGUUGCUCAACCAAUAUUGAAUUUUGCUUGUGCACAAGAAUGAGGAAGGGAGAGGGGCUCUUGCUCCCAAGUUAGGCUAAGUGCAAGCUUUUUUCCAUUUCUUUAUUAGUACAUGGAAGGCUUUUAAAAGCUGGGAGAAAAGGAAGAAAAGUGGAAGCAAGCCAGUAAUUAUGGUGAAUGAGAAGUGGACUUGGUGGCUUUAUUCCCCCUCUCUUUCUGCCUUGACUUGUAC